UUUAGAAGUAAUAACUAGAAAUAUUAAUGUACAGGGUGUAGAUAUUUAUUUAGUUAAAUUAUCACACAAUUGGCCCAGCAGUAGAGGAGGGAAGGCACAGUGCAGUAUCAUCAUGACCGCUGAAACACUGAAGGUGAAGAUCUAUUGACCAUAUCCCAAUUAAGUUUUAGGUUUUUAGCGGUUCCAACAGUGGGUUCAUUAAUUGUAAGGAACAGAUGUGAACUUACCUUUAAGGUGUGAGGAGGUGUUGGGGUUCUCAUUAUCAUCUUCAAGACACAUCUUAAAGUGAUAUACUUUACUGUACAAGUUCCCAAAAAUUUGACUGAUAUGAGUCAAGUUUAUUUGUAAUGCCAGAAUGAGUUGCCAACAAAAUUCAAGUGGAGCUGUCAUGGAGACUAAUACACAGUAUUUAAAGGUACUAGUGAAGUCUAGGGGUGAUCCAUACACACAUCAGUUUUUAUAGGUUAAUGUAACAGAUCAGGAAUCUGGAGAAGAACGCAGGCUAGCUUACAGUAAGGUGGAUGGGAUGCGUACUCCUGGCAUUAUCUUUAUUCCAGGAUUCAUGUCACACAAGAAUUCUGAGAAACCUACUGCAAUUCAUGAUUUCUGUAAGAAGAAUGGCUUUCCUUUUGUAAGGUAUGAUCCUACUGCACUUGGUGAAUCAGAUGGCCCCAUUGAACUGAAAGAUGCACGAUUCUCUCAUUGGCUGCAAGAUGCUGAGGAAGCUUUGCUCCAGCUUACUGAAGGUCCUCAGUUGGUAAUUGGCUCCUCCAUGGGUGGAUGGCUUGCUUCUUGUCUCGCAAAGAAAUACCCAGAGAAGUUUCAGAGUCUUCUCCUCCUUGCUCCAUCUAUCAAUUUUGCAAAUCAUUAUGUAGAGCGAAUCCGCAGAAAGGCCCCACCUCAGCUGUUAGAAAUGCUGGAAAAGGGCGAAUGUUAUGAAUACCAAGACCCGAAGUAUGGACCAUAUCCUGUCUCUCUACGAGUGUUUCAAGAUAUGGUACCCUAUGAAUUAAGUUUAGAAGAAGCUGGAAGUUACCCUAUUUCUUGCCCCGUUCGUAUCAUACAUGGCACAGAGGAUACAUAUAGUCCAUACGAGAACUCUCUUAAACUGCUCACAGGAUUCCAAACAUCCGACAUAUUUCUCCUAUAUGUCAAGGGAACUGAUCACCACCUAGAUGAUCCACAGAGUUUAGAAAUAAUAUUUGAAACUAUUCUCAAAUUAACCUCUCCAUCAUCUUCUAAACUGUAAUUAACAUCUACCAAUGUCACUUUUAGCAGUGUAUUAAAAAUGAUUACGAUAUUGUAAUUAUUUGUUUUAACAAGAAAACAUGAGAUAACUCUUAGUCUGAACGUUGCUUUAUUAAGUUGCUUCAGUGUAUAAGAAAUACAGUAAUAUUUAUUAUUUAUUGAAAAUAAUUGAUUAUUAAUUAAGGAAUAAUGUAUAGUGCAGGUACUCAACCCCAAAAUCAUCAUUCAAGAAACUAUAUUUACCUGAAAACCUUCGGUUUUUCUAACUAAAACUGAUUUUUAAAUUUAAACCAAAAAAUUAAACUACCACUCCUGGGUAGUGCUUGUUUUGGCUGCUUUAGUUUGGCAGUGCCAGGGGUGAUAGGGUAUAUUUUCCUUCGUUCUGUUCCAUUAUUGUUGUUUGAUGAAGCUAAGAAGUUGGAUGAAGAGGACGUGGACAGAAAUAAUGAACAUGGUUGGGGAUUGGAACAAAAGAACUUCAUCAAUGAGAAAAACAUGUAAUGUGAUGAAUAAGAUUCAAGAACUGUUAAAUAUAUACAGUACACAAUAUAUACAGUAGAAUCCCAGUUAUUCGGCACCUGUGGGGAUUGAAUAGGUGCCGGAUAAAAAGUUUUCCUGGCUAGUUGAAACUCACUCUUAAGAUCCCCCAAUAUAUCCUACAAUACACAGUGCUACAGGCAGACCCCGCAAAUUUGUGUCUCAGAAAAACAGACUUUUUUUUUACACAUUCCUUUCCAUAUACCCUGGUAAAUGCUUUGGCUUAGAAAUAAAAUAUAUUAUAAAACUAUAAAAUAAGAAAAAUAAAGAGCCUGGGUGUGUAUGUGUGGGGACUGAAUGUGUGUUGAGGUGGUGGGCUAUAACUACGUCGCUGAAUCGCCAGCCCAGCCGCCUCAUAUAUUGUUACUUCUUGUAAUGAAACUACUAUAAAAGUUGUGAAAAAAUCAUUAUAAUGCUCCAAUGUGGCUUAGAAAUAAAGAAAAUAUAAUAUAAAAUGAUAAAAUCAGAAGAAUGAAGCACAUUGGUGUGAACUGUAUAUGUUGGAAGUGAACGUGUGUGGGAGCAGUGGGUUACUGGGCUAUAACUGCGUGGCCAUGUUCCCUCUCGAUGCGAUGUCAUGGCAUGCACACUUCCAGUGUGGUAGCCGCAUGUCUGUGAGUCAGCUGGUUGAUUGCCUGAACUGUGUCCCAUUGCCCAGAGGAUGGUUCGAGUGUAGAAGGUGCCAAUUUUGUACAUAAAAUAUGUGCUAUAGUAUUUUAUAAUACUGUAUGCUGUGCUUCCAUUGUAUUGUUUAAUAUAGCAAUAAAUAAUGCUGUUUC